AUGGAUGAGCUAAAGGGCCUCUUGAGUGGGGCCGGCAAGCAGCUGUUCGAUGCUGCAGGUCAGGCCAUCAGUAGCGCGGCCACCGAGUACAUCGGUAGCGUUAUUAACGAGAUGUUCGUGAAGAAGGAGACGGACACCAAACGCUUCCUGCCGAGCAUAAAGAACAUGAAAGUGCUCGGUGAACGCAGCAGCGGUGGUCGAUCCGGGUACGACGUGCAAGAUUUCUAUCAAAUCCGUCAACAGUGCCUUGAGAAUGGAACACUGUUUGAAGAUCCCGAGUUCCCGGCGUCGUCCGCCUCGCUCAUGUACUCCAAGCGUCCGGAUCGGCACUACGAGUGGCUCCGGCCGCACGAAAUUUGCGACAAUCCAGAGUUCUUUGUGGAGGGUUUCUCGCGGUUCGACGUACAACAGGGUGAGCUUGGCGAUUGCUGGCUGUUGGCCGCGUGCGCCAAUUUGACGCAGGAUCAAAAGAUGUUCCUACGCGUGGUGCCCGAGGAUAACAGCUUCGAGGACGAAUAUGCCGGGGUGUUUCAUUUCCGCUUCUGGCAGUACGGCAAGUGGGUGGAUGUCGUUAUCGACGAUCGUCUGCCGACGUACCGCGGGCAGCUGAUCUACAUGCGAUCGUCGGAGCAGAACGAAUUCUGGAGCGCCUUGUUGGAGAAGGCAUACGCGAAGCUUCAUGGUUCGUAUGAAUCGCUUCGUGGUGGUACAACUUGCGAGGCCAUGGAAGACUUUACGGGUGGUGUUGCCGAGAUGUACGACCUGAAAGAUCAAACCCCACCGAAUCUGUACGAGAUUAUCGAGAAAGGCUUCAAGCGCAAUUCGAUGUUUGGAUGCAGCAUUGAGGCGGACCCUCACGUGCUAGAGGCAGAAACGUCCGAGGGUCUUAUUCGAGGCCACGCGUACUCCAUCACCAAGAUUCAGCUUGUGGACAUCGAGACGCCUGGUCGAUCGGGCAAGAUUCCUCUCAUCCGUCUGCGUAACCCGUGGGGCAACGAAGCCGAAUGGAAUGGACCGUGGAGCGAUAAGUCACCAGAAUGGCGCUACAUUCCGGACGAGCAGAAGCAAGAGCUCGGGCUUAACUUUGACCACGACGGCGAGUUCUGGAUGUCGUACCGAGAUUUUACACGCUACUUCGAUCGCAUGGAGAUUUGUAACUUGAGCCCGGACUCACUGAGCGACGAUCUACUGAAUCGUGGAAAGAUUCGCUGGGAGAUGUCUAUGUUCGAGGGUGAAUGGGCCAUCGGUAGUACGGCCGGUGGAUGCCGUAAUUACCUCGACACGUUCUGGCACAACCCCCAGUACGUUAUCCGACUAGACGAUCCCGAUGAGGAUGACGAGGAAGGCAACUGCACGGUAAUCAUUGCUUUGUUGCAGAAAAACCGUCGAUCGCGACGCAACAUGGGCGUCGAGUGCCUUACGAUCGGGUUCGCUGUGUACCGCGUGACGGAUCGCGAUCUGGCGCAGAAGCCACUGAAGAUGAAUUUCUUCAAAUACAACGCCUCAGCCGCGCGGUCACCAGCAUUCAUUAAUUUGCGCGAAGUAAGCUGUCGGUUCAAGCUUCCUCCUGGCACGUACGUCAUCGUGCCUUCCACGUUCGAGCCAAAUGAAGAAGGCGAGUUUAUUAUUCGUGUGUUCUCCGAAACUGCCAACGGAAUGGAAGAAAACGACGAGCAUGUUGGAGUUGGUGACAUCGACGAUCGAGUAAGUUUCAGAUCAUUAGAACUAAUCGCGCCAGAAGAUCCCGGCUUCACCCAACCGUCACCGCAGCGACAGGCCAUGGAGCGUCUGUUCCUAGACGUGGCUGGUGAAGACGGUGAAGUCGAUUGGGUCGAACUGAAGCGCAUUCUUGAUCAUUCUUUCCGUGACGAUCUACCGAAAACGUCUUCACUAAAUGGGCUGAAUCAACGGCAGGCGUACGCAUCGCAACAAAAUGCCGACGUCGGUGGGGCCGGAGGCCCGGGCGCUGGAGGCGGACUCGAGGAUCUGCUCAGUAUGCUGCUGAACAUGUGCUGCAAAGGCGUCUUAGGUGCGAGUGACGGCGAUGGCAGUGGUGGCGGUGGUGGCCCACGUCCUGGGGGGCCAGCUAAUCUCGAAAGUCAAAUCCUACCGAACCAGCCGCUGCACGAUAACAUUUCCUCGGAAGGCUUUUCGAAAGACGUUUGCCGGGCAAUGGUUGCCAUGUUGGACGUAGACCAUACCGGUAAGCUCGGUUUCGACGAGUUCCAGACAUUGCUGACCGACAUCGCCAAGUGGAAGGCCGUCUUUAAGCUGUACGACACCGAGGGCUCCGGCCGGUUGAGCGCGUUCCAGUUGCGCGAGGCUCUAAACUCCGCUGGCUAUCAUCUGAAUAAUCGUAUACUGAACGCGCUAGUACAUCGGUAUGGUUCGCGCAGUGGAACGAUUCCAUUCGAUGACUUUAUCAUGUGUGCCGUAAAGAUCAAGACGAUGAUCGAAAUCUUCCGGGAACGCGACACCGACGGCUCAAACCAGGCAACAUUUAGCAUGGACGAAUGGGUCGAAAAAACGCUCUACUCGUAAGCAAGUCGCACGCAUCGCUCGAAAUACAACGUUACCCAAUUCUCUUCAGGGCUCGCAUUUUAUCCUUCAAAAAAAGCUUUCCAUUAUCUCCUCUAAACGGCUCGAAUUUUAAUUAUUAUCACACCAAUGUCCCCAACGGGGGAUCAAUCCCUCACAUGUUGCGUAGUGACUAAGUUGAAAAUUAUUAAUUUUAAUGCGAAUUGUUAAUAUUUUUCGCAAGAUAGAACUCGGUUUAUAUUCUCGUCUUAAUUUCUUUUGUAUUUUUCUUCAUCCUUUUUUUGUUUUUCGAGUAAACUUUGCAACCGGGCAGCUAUUUCUGUAAUAUGAUUACUCUUCCAAUGCAGUUCAAACGAAUCCCUGUAUUUUUAUUUAUACGGACUACGUGUCCAACACCUUUUUUGGAAAUAGCUGUGCACGCACACAUAGAGUCUAAAGCGAAUGGACAGAAAACACUCUCUUGUUAUAUUUAUAACGGUCCAAGAAUCGUUUAUUGUCUUCACAGUUCUACUUACCUAGCAAGUAAUUUUUCGAUCAAUAUUUGUGUACAACUGUCUUAAGGCUUGAAGCAACUAAGAAUCUUUCAAAAUAUGCAGCAACAAAUGCUAGUUUAAAAGCCUUUUUAUAUAACUGUUAUUAUACGUCAUCGAAGUUUUAUGUUAUUGUAAUCAUCGAAGUUGUAUUUAUGAAGUAAAGGUACAUCAAUGCA